AUGGCGGAGCUCGGUAAGAAGUACUGCGUGUACUGCCUGGCCGAGGUGAGCCCGCUGCGCUUCCGCUGCACUGAGUGCCAGGACAUCGAGCUGUGCCCCGAGUGCUUCUCGGCCGGCGCCGAGAUCGGCCACCACCGCCGCUACCACGGCUACCAGCUGGUGGACGGCGGGCGCUUCACGCUGUGGGGGCCCGAGGCCGAGGGCGGCUGGACCAGCCGCGAGGAGCAGCUGCUGCUGGACGCCAUCGAGCAGUUCGGCUUCGGGAACUGGGAAGACAUGGCUGCUCACGUAGGCGCUUCCCGGACUCCCCAGGAAGUGAUGGAGCAUUACGUAAGCAUGUACAUCCACGGCAACCUGGGGAAGGCCUGCAUCCCUGACACCAUCCCCAACCGGGUGACAGACCACACCUGCCCCAGUGGAGGCCCCCUCUCUCCCAGCCUCACCACCCCCUUGCCUCCCCUAGACAUCUCGGUGGCCGAGCAGCAGCAGCUGGGCUACAUGCCGCUGCGCGACGACUACGAGAUCGAGUACGACCAGGACGCCGAGACGCUCAUCAGCGGGCUCUCGGUCAACUACGACGACGAGGACGUGGAGAUCGAGCUCAAGCGCGCGCACGUGGACAUGUACGUGCGCAAGCUCAGGGAGAGGCAGCGGCGCAAGAACAUCGCGCGCGACUACAACCUGGUGCCCGCCUUCCUGGGCAAGGACAAGAAGGAGCGCGAGAAGGCCGCCAAGCGCAAGGUCACCAAGGAGGAGCGCGAGCUGCGGCUGAAGCUGCGGCCGCUCUACCAGUUCAUGUCCUGCAGGGAGUUCGACGACCUGUUCGAGAGCAUGCACAAGGAGAAGGUGCUGCGCGCCAAGAUCCGCGAGCUGCAGCGCUACCGGCGCAACGGCAUCACCAAGAUGGAGGAGUCGGCCGAGUACGAGGCGGCGCGGCACAAGCGGGAGAAGCGCAAGGAGAACCGGAACUCGGCCGGCGCCAAGCGCGGGCGGGAGGACGCCAAGGACGGCGAGUUCGCCGCCAUCGAGAACCUGCCGGGCUUCGAGCUGCUGUCGGACCGCGAGAAGGCGCUCUGCAGCUCCCUGAACCUGAGCCCGGCGCGCUACGUGACCGCCAAGACCAUCAUCAUCAAAGACCACCUCCAGAGGCGCCAGGGCAUCCCCUCCAAGAGCCGCCUGCCCAGCUACUUGGACAAGGUCCUCAAGAAGCGGAUCCUGACCUUCCUCACGGAGAGCGGGUGGAUAGCCAGGGACGCCUCCUGA